CAACCGCGUCUACGCGGCAGAAACUACGUCGAACCCCACGCUGCAAGCUGCUGCGGCGAACUAAACGACCCACAAAAGGGGGCAGGGGCUGCUCCCCUCCCAGUCUCAUUUCGCAAGUACCUCCAACAACCACCAAGCCCAACGACGACCCCUUGUCAUUGGCUCUUCUGCAUCCACAAUUCCACACAUCGCUCGCCACGCCCACACCUACCCACCACUCGAUCCUACCGGCUCCCACGUUCCGGUCUCGCCCCAAUCGGCCGGGCCGCUACGCUCCAUGGCGCUCGACCUCCUCCGGCCAGGCGUCCCCGGCAUGCAGCCGGUCGGCGACCUCCGCACUGCCAAGUCCGCGAUCCUGUUCGGGGUGGUCAACGGCCUCUUCUUGCCGCCGUUGCUGGAGCCCUGCCUCUGCACCGCCAGCGCCCUGUGCGACGGCGGCGGCGGCGGCGGCGGCGGCGACCACGCGGAGCAGAGGUACUACCAGCUCGCGAACUGCGUGCUCACCAUGCUCGGCGUCGCCCUCCUGUUCGUGGACAUGGCGCUGUCGCGGGCGGUCCAUCAGGCCUCGCCGCUGUGGCCGCCCACGCUCAGAGCGACGGUGUGGCUCACCAAGACCUUGACCUGCGGCACUCUCCAGUUCGGCGUCAACCUCGUGUACUUCUGCCUCAAGAUGCUGUGCGCUAGGCUCUUGCUCGUUUUCGCCUGACUUCGUUCGCCAUUGUUUUCACUAGGAAGGGACCUAGAUCCACCUUAUACGAUUCUUUUUUUUCUUUUCGCCUAAAUUGAACCUGUGCUGUGUGUACUCGUUAUGGAGUUCUGAAAUCGGGUGCUCAAAUAAAUCUAUCUAUGAUAACGAAGCGCACUGUUAAAGAAAUGGCAAAAGCGAGAGGAAUCAACUGUGGCAUUGAGCACCGCAGGUAACGGAAUUGACAUGGUUAACGAGAUAGUGCCAGCCAGGUAUGUCCAAAUGCACUCCCAUAGUCCCAUGACAAUUCACAACAAGUGAUCAGACUCGCUAGAAAAUUGAGCGUGCGCCGAUUUUGGGGGCAAUCACCGGGAAAUAAACCGUCUGACAGUGCUAUCUACGAAGGUCAUCUUCACCUCACACGACGACGGUGGCUCCCUGAGGCUGCGCCGCAGCUACGGCCACCUGAGGCAUGCAUGGUGGCGACGUGCAUCCAAGGCGUGUGCGGGGGUUCUCUCACGGAGCGCGACGACAAUGGAUCUGAGAGGUGCGCACACGACGGUGGAUCCUAGAAACGUGCGCGCGAGGUUGGCUCUUUGAAGGCGCGCGCCCUGAAGUGGCACACGUUGGCAUCUCACCUCCCGCGACGACGCCGACUUUUCCUAUGCGCGGGCUACGACGACAGCCUUCUCUAGGCGCAAGCGAUGGCGGAUCAACAACCCUGUUUUUAUGAUAUUUUGUAUACAUAUUGAUGUCAACUUCAAUAGAUUUUUAUGAUAUAAUGUCAGUUCAUAGUCUUUUUCCAUCUUUUGUAUGUAUAUGAUAUUUCUAUUCACAUUUUAUCUAAACGUUUGUUGGUUUUA